GGAUCGUAAUCGGGCUCUCACACUGAAUCAUACAGCACCGUCCCAAACGGACACAGUGGCAUAACGGAACAAGAAGAGGGGCUAAACAAUGGACGAAUAUCUCUUUCAAGCCGUUGAUACAGUAGUAAAUAGAUACCAGAAACCAGAUACCAGAUACCAGAUCCACAUACCAGAUACCAGAUACCAGACACCAGAUACCAGAUACCAGAUACUAGAUACCAUACACCAGAUACCAGACACCAGACACCAGAUAGUUGAUACCAGAAACGAGAUACCAGAUACCAGACACCAGAUACCAGACACCACAUACGAGAUACCAGAUACCAGACACCAGAUACCAGAUACCAGAUACCAGACACCAGACACCAGAUACCAGACACCAGAUACCAGACACCACAUACGAGAUACCAGAUACCAGACACCAGACACCGGAUACCAGAUACCAGACACCAGAUAUCAUAUACCAGACACCAGAUACCAGAUACCAGAAACCAGAUACCAGAUCCACAUACCAGAUACUAGACACCGGAUACCAGAUACCAGAAACCAGAUACCAGAUACCAGAUCCACAUACCAGAUACCAGAUACCAGCUACCAGACACCAGACACCAGACACCAGAUACCAGAUACCAGACACCAGACAACAGACACCAGACAACAGACACCAGACACCAGACACUAG